GCCGCUGCACCUGGCCCGCGGGAAUACAUCGUACGCGGCCCGCUCACGUCAACCGGUUUGCGAACCCGACAACAAACUGCAAGCACUGCGCCCUCGAGCGCACUAUUCCUACGAUUCCUUGUACCAUAACACAGUCGAUCAGCCGCCGCCAUGUCGGAAUCCCCUCUGCCGGCGGAGCUCAACCGCAACCGCUUCCCGACGCUCUUCGAAGUGCUUAGCCGCAAGACAGUUGCGCCGCUCGAUCUCUUCUCUUUCUACAUUUACAUGCGCGACCAGCAGCGGUCGGUGGAUUACUUGGACUUCUGGCUCGAUGUGUCCCAGCACCUCCAACUAUGCCGCCUAUAUGUGCGCCGCCUGCACCGGUCCGUGAUAGAGGAUACGCCAGAGAUGGAGAAAAACAGCAAGCGAUCGUCAUAUAUCCUAGAUAAUGCCGGAGAGGGACCGUCUGGGGAGAAGGGCAAUGUGUCGGACCAACGACUGUCUGCGUUCCUUCGGUCGGACCAUGGAAGUCGCCAGCACUCGCCACAGAACAGCCAGGGAAGCAAUCGCUCAGACCGCGAACGCCCACCUCGACCGAGCUUCAUGACGAUGGAAACGAAUUCGCCCCAUGAUUCGAGCUCUCCCGGUCAAAACUCCUCUGCUGACAACCAGCCGCGAAGAGAAGAUUUGCGUGCUUCAGCAGAGAAGAUUCUCUACACCUACCUUCUACCGGGCUCAGAGCGAGAGAUCAUCAUUCCACAGAGCAUUCUACACGAUGUUCAGGAAGCGAUCGAGGGACCAGAUCAACGAAGCGAUCCGGAGCUAUUUGACGCCGCGAAAGACUACGUCUUCCAAGCCAUGGAGCGCGAUGCAUUCCCUGGAUUCCUGCAGAGCAAAGGACUCGGCAAUCUCGUUCCCCAGAGCAUGAUGAUCCGGCUCAUCAUUGGACUCAUCAGCUUCUUCGGCGCUGUCUGGGCGGCAUUCGUCCUGAUAUUCCUAGACAAGUCAAGGGCGACUCGGUGUUGGCUCAUCCUGCCGUUCACGGUUGCCAUCUACUUCAUCUUUACGCAUCAGUAUAUGCUCGACCCAAUCCUGGCCCUGAUCGGCCUGAGCGAAUACACGCUGAUGGACUUCAACCGGAUACGAGAGCCGUUCGUCAAGAAGACGCUCAAUGCCCGAUCUCUUACGAUGCUGGGAAUGAUCUUUCUGGUCGAUGCAGCCGUCUGCUGCUUGUUCAUCUUCGUUCCCGGAAAGCGGCUAUGAAGGCCGCCCCGACACAAGUCCCUUUCCUUC